AUGACUACAUCGAUAUUUUUUGCUGCAACUGAACACUUUCUAUAUCUUACUGCUCUUCUAUUCCCCCCUGUUUUCUGCAUUGUCGGUUUAGUUAUUUUUCUGGCUACCUUCGGAAAAUCGCUUGGACUACGGGAGCGUUAUUGGGGUGCCGGUGAACUUCAAACGUCUCAGGAUGUUACCAGAAGUAUGUCUUUUGACCUUGGUGCUGCAGAAGGUGAUGAAGAUGACUUGGAAUAUUUUGAGAAUGUUGAUGCUGGUCAUUACUGUUCUCUGGACUUGAGUUCAACACAAAGUCCAACGGAUUCUGGUUUGAUACUUGACUCUCCAUUGGCUCGUUCGCUAAAUUCAUUACCAAGUCUUCGUAAAUCUUCAAUGCACAAUGGAAGUUCAACAAGUCUUUGUUCCUCAUCUAGCGCUCGUAUGCGGAAUGGAUCUGCUCAAUCAAUUAUUAUUCGCGAGGCAGCAAUACAUCUAGACGAAGAUGAGCAUUUGGAAAGAACUCUAGUCAAUUCACGGGGUUGGCAAGUUAUUCGUGAUUCACUCUACUUUAUGAAGGCGGGUAUUGAGGCCAUCAUCGAGGAUGAGGUGACUAGUCGUUUUCGAGCUGAGCAACUUGCUUCAUGGAAUAUGUUGACGCGUACAAGUGUUAACUUUUACCAAUUCGUUAAUUGGAAGUUGGCAAUUCUUUGGGGUUUAGGCUUUUUAUUCCGCUAUUUCUUUUUGCUUCCUAUGCGUCUAAUUAUAUUUUCUGUUGGACUUAUUACUGUUAUUUUUGGAACUGCAUUUAUUGGACUUUUUCCUGGUGGGCGUCUAAAACGUUGGAUGAACGAAAAAUUAAUGAAGGUUUGUAUGCGAAUUGGCUCACGUGCUUUCUCUGCAAUUAUUUACUUUCAUGACACCGAAAACAAGGCCACUAGUGGAGGCAUUUGUGUUGCAAAUCAUACUUCUCCUAUUGAUGUCAUGAUUUUAGCAACAGAUGCUGCUUAUGCUUUAAUUGGACAGAGCCACGAUGGUUUUCUUGGCGCUAUUCAGAGGGCGCUAAGCCGGGCGAGUUCGCACAUUUGGUUUGAGCGUUCUGAAGCAAAGGAUCGUUCUUUAGUAGCAAAAAGACUGCAUGACCACGUUAAUGAUCCAACAAAGUUACCGGUUCUUAUUUUUCCCGAAGGAACAUGUAUCAAUAACACUUCUGUUAUGAUGUUCAAAAAGGGCUCAUUUGAAGUUGACACAAAUAUUUAUCCAAUAGCCAUGAAAUACGAUUCGCGAUUUGGAGAUGCCUUUUGGAAUUCAAGUGAACAAAGUUAUUUUGAGUAUUUAAUGCAAAUGAUGUCAUCAUGGGCAUUAAUUUGUAACCCGGAUGAAUCAGCUAUUGAAUUUGCAAAUCGAGUAAAAAAGGCAAUAGCCGUACGUGGUGGUUUGGUCGAUUUGGAGUGGGACGGGCAAUUAAAACGAUAUAAAGUUCCAGCAAAAAUGCUCGAUAUGCAACGAGAAAGAUAUUAUCAGCGUUAUCAACGUUAUACUUCUUUGUCUGAACCGUUUCAACCAGACGAGGCCGAGGAAUUAAUAAGAUCUUCUUCCGUUGAUGUAAUAGACGAUGAGGUUAAUGAAGCUUUUUCAAACCCUUGGGAUCAAGAUGUUUUAAGAGCUCAAAAAAUGUGUGAGGAUAAAGAUAAUAGGACCGCUUGUGAGGACACUGUUCAUUGACUUUAAUCACUCACUUCCAUCCUUGUU